CGCCCUCUCACGUCUCACCCUAGACAAUCCCCAAAUCCGCCAAGCGCAAACGCACGCUACCAACCAACGCGAGAGCGCACCACCACCGCACGCAGCCAUGGCCGUCGCCUCCGCGUGGUCCAAGCCCGGCUCUUGGGCCCUCGCCGCCGAGGAGCAGGAUGAGCUCCCCCCCCCGCCGCCGCCCGUCGUCCCCGCCGCCGACUUCCCCGACCUCGCCACCGCCGCCACCACCAAGGUCCCCAAGAAGAAGAAGGCCCAGUCUAUGCCUCUUUCCGAUUUCAACUCCGGCAAGUUCGUCACGCGCGCAUCCCGCGGGCCUGGCCCCGAGGUGACGACCUUCGAUCUCCCCACGGGUCCCCGCGAGCGCACCGAGGAGGAGCUGGCCAACACGCGGGGCUUCGGGGCCGGGCGGUGGGGCGGCGCCGGAGGAGGCCCCCGCGGUUCCGACGAGCCGCGCCGCGGCGGAUCUGACCGCGAGGACUUCGGCCCGUCGCGCGCCGACGAGGCGGAUGACUGGGGCGCCGGCAAGAAGCCCUUGGAGAGGAGGGCUAUGGGAGGAUUCGGCUGGGACUCCUCAGCGUCGCGUGCCGAUGACGUCAAUGACUGGGUCUCCACCAAGAGGACCGCACCAGCCCCGUUUCCCGAGCGAAGGGAGCGCGGCGGCGGCGGUUUCGGAGGCGACUCUAUCUCGCGCGCUGACGACUCCGCGAGUUGGGUCUCUAAUAAAAGCUAUUCUGCGCCGCCGCCCCUGCCUGCUGACGGCCGGAGGGGUGGGCCAGUUUGGGGCUUCAACAGGGAUGGUGGUCCGGAUGCUGAUUCUUGGGGCAGGAGGAGGGAGGAGAUGAGCAAUGGUGGGGACAGCAGCGUUGGCCGGCCCCGUCUCAAUUUGCAGAAGCGGACCUUGCCGCUUGCCAAUGGCACUGAUGGAGAGAAGCCGGAGGAUAAUAAUAAAGAGGAUGAUAAGGAGGAGCAGCGACCCAGGAGCAGGUCAUCGAACCCAUUUGGCACAGCCCGCCCGCGUGAGGAGGUCCUUGCUGCAAAGGGGGAGGACUGGAGGAAGGAAGAGCCUAUAGUGGAGAAGCUAGAGAUUCAACCAAGAACCAGAUCUUCCAACCCAUUUGGAGCUGCUCGCCCACGUGAGGAGGUUCUUGCUGAGAAGGGGGAGGACUGGAGGAAGAUUGAUGAGAAACUUGAGGCGAUGAAGGUGUGGGAGGCACCACUGGAGAGGAGGUCCUUUGGGAGGAGGGGUUCACCACUUGCAGGAGAGGAGAAUGACAAUACUCAACUACCUGAAGCCCGUGCUAAGAGCUUGGAAAAGCCCAAUGCAGUUGAAGCUGCAAAAGAAUCUGAAGAAGGAUCUGAAACGACCAAUGGGAGUGCGCUGGCAAAUUAAUCCAAUGCAAGGCCACGUUUCACUGGCAUUUUGCAACCUGAUGGUUAAAAGAAUUCAUCUGCUAAAUAUAUUAGCUUGUUUAAUUUUGUUACUCGUGUGCGGCAGCAGUUGUAACAGAGUCAAUUUUGGGUCUGUAAUUCUUUGUUCUAGCAGCUGGUAAUCUGGAGAAAAUAUUGUGUCGUAAGUUUUGAUCGGGUGUUGCGUCGUAAGUGUCACCGGAGUAGUGUUAUUUAUUGUUAAAUUGCGUUGCAAUGUUGAGUUGUUGACCUGGUGAUAAUGUCUGGAAGUUGUUUAAAAUAGUUUUUGGUGACUCUUCCAGGACCCCUUUGAAAUUUAAACAUAGUGUUCACAUUGUUGAAGGAA